AUGGCGAAUGAUGUGAAGGUAUGUGAUGAACAUGCCUGUAACAAGAUGACCUUAGUGACAGAUCGAUUUCACAAUACAGUGCAUACAGGUAAUUUAUGUAAGACUUUAUUCAAUCCUGAUUCCGAACAAAAUAAGAUAAAGUUCAUUGGCAUCAACACAAGUAUUGCAGAGCAAACAUUUUCUUAUCUCACCAAUUUCAAAACUUCUUUACGGACCUUUUCUUAUCCUUCAUCAGCAUUAUUUACAAUUCUACUUUUUCAUUUGAAAAAUUGUGAUACACUCAAGCAAGAUCCUGCACGACAAAAUCUUAUUGUUGGCACUCAGCUUGAAAAUAUGAUUCAAAAUCAGCGAUCUCAUCAGAGUUAUUGCGUGUUCGAAACAUUGAUAUUGGAAAACCAAAUUAACGAAGAUGAUUCUCAAUUUGAUAUCGAAAUUGUGAAUGCUAGCGACGGUGGAAACGGUCAAAAGCAAUAA